AUGUUUCAACGACGAAUGAUACGUCAAAUGCGUAGAACUGUGCCAAGACCUCCCUCUUCACUUGCAACCUCCCUUACUUCCAUCCCUGCUUCUACUUCGACAACUGUAUCUUCUUUUAUUCCCUAUUCUUCUACAGCUGUCGCUUCUUCUGUUCCGUCUACAGCU